UCAGUUCACGAGGGAAAAACAAGCUCUCUGCAGCUCCAGCACCAACAGCGCUACUGAAGUGCUCCGGCGACACAUAAACAAGAAAGUUAACACACAUUUUCUUUGGGAAGCAUGGAUGGACACUGAGACUAAGCAGUAAGGUGGCGGGUAUAGGCUUCUGACUGGUGCAGGUCCUGCAGGCAGCGUAACUGGACGAGGGAGAACGCAGACAGCACAUCAGCUGGCUCUCUAGGUAGACAAGAGUAAACACUCAAAGAGAGCACAGAAAAGAGGGAAGAUGACAGAGCUGUCAGCGCUCUGAGAGAUACAGAGUGGGGGGAACAUUUUCUCUGACUGGCUGAGAAGGCUUUCUGCUUUGGUUUACCCAUCAGUGGAGAAGCUGUGAGCAUUUUGCACAAGUUUUUCUACAGAUCCCAAGGCACAACCAUCCUCUUGACUCCAGGCUUUUACACUUAGCUGGUAUCUUCUCUGAGGCUGCUAUCUAAAGGUGUCAUCAUGAGGAUGAACAGUUUCCUCCUGGGCUGCAUAGCCACAGUUGUACUAUUCCAGCUCUCCACUGCUGGCCUGGUCAAGAAGGUCAUCCGCCACCGGAGGGAGACCCUGAUGCCUAAGGAAACCCAAGAGAACCUGACCCUUCCCCAUCCUGACCAGCCUGUGGUGUUCAACCACAUCUACAACAUCAAUGUCCCAUCCACUUCCCUCUGCUCUGUGGACCUCGACUCGCCGGGAAGCACCGGAAUUAAACACAAAAGUGCCUCAAUGGACAUGCAGAGUACCGAGCACAUAGUCGAUGGCGACAACCAGAUCGUUUUCACUCACCGUAUCAAUAUCCCUAAACAGGCAUGCGGCUGCGACAACCAACUGCCAGACAUCAAAGACAUUCUAAACAGACUGGAGAUGUUGGAGUCUGAGCUGUCUACUCUGAGGGAACAGUGCAGCAGUGGAGCCGGCUGUUGUGGAGCUCAGAUUACAGGAGAGGUGUCCACAAAGCCCUUCUGUAAUGGACAUGGAAACUGGAGCAGUGAGACCUGCAGCUGUUCCUGUGAACUUGGAUGGAAGGGCCUUAACUGCACAGAGCUUGAGUGUCCUAAUGAUUGCCAGGACCAGGGUCGCUGUGUGGAUGGUAGAUGCGAAUGCUUUGAGGGCUUUAGUGGGGGUGACUGUGGUAUUGAACUUUGCCUGCUGGACUGUGGUGACUAUGGCCACUGUGUUGAAGGGUCCUGUCUUUGUGAGGAAGGCUUCAUAGGUAAAGACUGUUCUCAGACCAACUGCCUUAACAACUGCCUGGGUCGUGGACGGUGUGUAGACGAUGAGUGUGUUUGUGAUGAGCCAUGGACAGGCUUUGACUGCUCUGAGCUCAUAUGUCUUAACGACUGCUAUGACCAAGGACGCUGCAUUAACGGUACUUGCUAUUGUGACAAGGGCUUCACUGGAGAGGACUGCAGGGAGCUCAGUUGUCCUGACAACUGCAACAACCAUGGCAUGUGCGUGAAUGGCCAAUGUAUGUGUCAGACCGGCUAUGGUGGAGAGGACUGCUCAAAGCUUACCUGUCCCAAAAACUGUAAUGCGAAAGGACACUGCUUUAGUGGGAAGUGCAUAUGUGAUCCUGGCUUUGAAGGUGAAGAUUGCUCAGUCCUCUCAUGCCCUGAAAACUGCAGCAACAGGGGUCAGUGUAUCAAUGGGGAAUGUGUUUGUGACAUAGGAUACGAAGGGGAAGACUGCAGCGAGCUCUCUUGCCCCAACAACUGCCAAGAUCAGGGCCGCUGUGUUGAAGGCCUGUGUAUAUGUGAAAAAGGCUUUGCAGGUGAAGACUGCAGUGUCAGACCAUGUCCUAAAGACUGUCUUGGUAGAGGAGAGUGUGUUGACGGAAAGUGCAUCUGUUUUGUGGGUUUUACGGGAAACGCCUGCAGUGAACUGACCUGCCCCAAUGAUUGCCUGAACCAUGGUCACUGUGUGGACGGCCAAUGUGUUUGUCAUCAGGGUUUCACUGGCGAAGAUUGCAGUGAGAAGACAUGUCCUAAGAACUGCCAUGAUAGAGGUCACUGUGUGGACGGCCAGUGUGUUUGUCAUCAGGGUUUCACUGGCGAAGACUGCAGUGAGAAGAAGUGUCCUAAGAACUGCCAUGAUAGAGGUCAUUGUGUGGACGGCCAGUGUGUUUGUCAACAGGGUUUCACUGGCGAAGAUUGCAGUGAGAAGACAUGUCCUAAGAACUGCCAUGAUAGAGGUCACUGUGUGCACGGCCAGUGUGUUUGUCAUCAGGGUUUCACUGGCGAAGACUGCAGUGAGAAGAAGUGUCCUAAGAACUGCCAUGAUAGAGGUCAUUGUGUGGACGGCCAGUGUGUUUGUCAACAGGGUUUCACUGACGAAGACUGCAGUGAGAAGACAUGUCCUAAGAACUGCCAUGAUAGAGGUCACUGUGUGGACGGCCAAUGUGUUUGUCAUCAGGGUUUCACUGGUGAAGACUGCAGCAAGAAGACGUGCCCUAAGAACUGUCUAGAGAGAGGUCACUGUGUAAAUGGUAUCUGCAUAUGUUAUGAAGGUUUCACUGGGUUGGACUGCUCUGUCCUGACCUGUCCAGGAGAGUGUCACCACCAGGGACGCUGUGAAAAUGGAGCAUGCAUCUGCAACGAGGGCUUCAUUGGGGAGGAGUGCUCUGAAGUCUCACCACCAAAACACCUUACUGUGGUUGAGGUGACUCCGGAAACACUAGACCUAUCCUGGGAAAACGAGAUGCGAGUGACAGAGUACCUAAUCACCUAUGUACCCACGGCUCGUGGGGGUCUGGAGCUCGACAUGAAGGUGCCCGGAAACCAGAAGGAGGCCAAUAUUCAAGAGCUUGAGCCUGGUGUAGAGUACCUGAUCAGUGUCUAUGCCGUACUCAGCAACAAGAGGAGCGUUCCAGUCAGCGCUCGUGUGGCUACACAUCUUCCUGAGCCUGAGGGUCUUACGUUUAAGUCAGUUCGAGAGACAUCAGUGGAAGUGCAGUGGGAUCCCCUGGAUAUUCCAUUUGAUGGAUGGAACCUCAUCUUCAGAAACACAAAAGAGGUGGACGGUGAGAUCCUUAACUCCCUCGGCCGCCCAGAGACCACCUUUGAGCAGUCAGGUCUGGGUCCAGGCCAGGAGUAUGAGGUGAAACUGGAGGUGGUGAAGAACAACAAGCGUGGACCGCCUGCCUCUAAGAACAUUGUCACAAUGAUUGAUGCCCCUAGCCACGUGGAUGUGCGAGAUGUGACGGAUACCACAGCGCUUAUAACCUGGUUUCAACCUGUAGCUCACGUAGACAGAGUCAGUGUCUCCUUCGGGCCCAGCUUAAACCCUGCAGAUCGUAGUGUGGUGGAGCUUUCAUCUGCUGACACCCAGUACCAUCUGGCUGGCCUCAGCCCUGAUACUCAGUACGAAGUGUCUCUGACAGCAGAAAUGGAAGAACAGCACAGCAUACCUGUGUACGACUCGUUCCUUACAGACCUUGACGCUCCCAGAGACCUACAGACUGUGGAAAUAACAGACGAGAGCAUCACUCUUGAGUGGAAGAACAGUAAGGCUCAGGUGGUCCAGUACCGCAUCAAGUACGGCCCCCUAUCUGGAGGUGACCAUGGAGAAUUGCUCUUCCCCCUUGGAACCAAGGACUCCACACAGGCCAAAAUCACUGGCCUGAGACCAGGAACGGAAUACGGGAUGGGAGUAACGGCGGUGAAAGAUGAGCGAGAAAGUCUGCCCACUACCACCAACGCAGUGACAGCCCUGGAUGCCCCCAAAGAACUGACUGUCACAGAGGUAACUGAGACCACCAUGAUGUUUGAGUGGAAGCGACCCCUGGCCAAACUGGACUCCUACAAACUGGUCUAUUUGUCAGCCGAUGGUCAGAAGGCCGAAGACACAGUCCCAGGCAACUCUGAGUCUCACACCCUGAGGGGCCUGAAACCUGGCAUGAUGUAUACCAUCAGCAUCACCGCAGAGAGAGGCAGCAGGACCAGCGUACCUGCCACCAUCUCAGCUCCCACAGCCCUGGGCUCACCUAAAGGCAUCCGCUUCUCUGGAGUGACCGACACAUCCGCCACCAUUCACUGGCUGACUUCACGAGCUCGGGUGGACAACUACCAGGUCACCUAUGUGCCAGCCCAUGGAGGUGUUGCUAAGACGCUGACAGUGGACGGCUCAAAGUCACACACCCUCCUGCCGAACCUAACGCCUGGGGUCACUUAUGAGGUCACCAUUGUUGCUGUCAAGGAGCAGAGAGAGAGUGAGCCUGGAUCUGACAGUGUCACCACAGCUCUGGAUAAGCCACGUGGACUGACUGCAGUCAACAUCACAGACACUGAAGCUCUGCUGCUAUGGCAACCAGCCAUCGCAACUGUAGAUGGCUACGUCAUCACAUACAGUGCAGACUCUGUGGCUCCUGUGAUGGAGCGUGUGUCAGGAAACGUGGUGGAGUUUGAGAUGAGCUCUUUGAAGCCGGCAACACUCUACACUUUGAAGGUCUAUGCGGUGAAGGACUUGGCCAAGAGUGCAGCCACUACAACAGAGUUCACCACAGAUGUAGAUGCUCCUCAGGACCUGGCAGCCACUAACAUCCAGACAGAGAGUGCUAUGCUUACCUGGAAGCCUCCUCGUGCUGACAUCAGUGGGUACCUCCUCCACUUUGAAUCUGCUGUUGGCACCAUCCAUGAGGUGGUUCUGAGUCCCACCGCUGUAUCGUACAAUAUGGCUGACCUCAGUGCCUCCACAGAAUAUUCAGUCAAGCUGGAAGCUCUCGCUGGUCCCAAGAGAAGCCAAGUCAUCUCUACCAUCUUCACCACCACCGGUGUGCUGUACAGACACCCCAGGGACUGCUCACAGAACCUGCUGAACGGUGACACUUUGUCUGGCAUGCAUACCAUCUACCUGGGUGGAGACGAGAAUCAACCCCUUCAUGUCUACUGUGACAUGAGCACCGAUGGAGGUGGAUGGAUUGUUUUCCUCCGACGUCAGAGUGGCAAACUGGAGUUCUUCCGCAACUGGAAGAAUUACACGGCUGGUUUUGGUGACAUGAACGAUGAAUUCUGGCUUGGUCUAUCCUAUCUGCAUAAAAUCACAUCUGGAGGACAGUAUGAGCUUCGGGUCGAUUUGAGAGACAAGGGAGAGAUGGUCUACGCUCAGUACGACAAGUUUUCUGUCUCUGAACCUCGCACCCGCUACAAAGUUCAUGUGGGAGGAUACAGUGGGACUGCAGGUGACUCUAUGACCUACCACCAUGGGCGUCCCUUCUCAACCUAUGACCAUGAUAACGACAUAGCUGUAACCAACUGUGCUCUGUCCUAUAAGGGAGCUUUUUGGUACAAAAACUGUCACCGGGUCAACCUGAUGGGAGGCUACGGAGAUAACAACCAUAGCAAGGGUGUAAACUGGUUUCACUGGAAAGGCCACGAGCACUCCAUUGAGUUUGCUGAGAUGAAGAUACGCCCGUCCAACUUCAGGAAUCUGGAGGGAAGGAGGAAACGUUCUUAAAUGAUCUGGAGAACACCACUUCCACCACCACCACCAUCAUCGACCACAACACUACUACUUCUGUGUCUGGGCUACCCAUAAGCCUCAUUGCCCCAACCCAUUUCAAUACACACAAACCCUGCAGCAACCAAAGCCUUCAACAAGACCCCUCCAAACCCAGCGAACCUCCUUCACUGUUUUCACACAGAUCAGCCCCUUCUGCCCAUUCAGAAUGGUUGUGAAUGCAAAAAUUGUCUAACAUUUAAAAAACUAGAAUUAGAAUUUUCCACCCACACAGAUUCUACUCCCACACCAAAGAGAGUAACUCCACCUCAGCAGAUUCUAACCCAUCCAGUUCUGCAGCAGUAGUGGGGAGAUGCGCAAACAACUCGGGCAUUAUGUUGUAUACAUGUCGAUGAAAUAAGUUUUUAUUACAUUCACACAUCUGGAGUUUUACACAAAACAAAUGGCCGUUUAUAAUGUUUGGGUGAUCAAAUAAAUUCUGUUGCUUGUAUAGAAUUGUACACAUCUAAUCUGUCUAAUCUGUCUGAAAACAGAUAUUCAUCAUAUCCCACACAGCUUCACCUAACUUGCCAUCUGUCCAUCUUCGUGUGACGUAACUAAAUUGGUCUUAUUUCAUUCUUCCCUGUAAACCUGUUUCCCAUACCCCCUUCACAGCAGCCCACCAUCUAAAUAGUAAAACAAAGACACAAUUGAAAAGGUUCAUGUUCUAUUUUCUCAUGGAUGGCAACAAUAUUUCUGUUCCUGACCUGAUGCCCUACAGGCUGCACGCUGCAGCUACAGUAUUCUGGUUCACAAAAGCUGAAGAACACAGAGAGGAAGAACAAAGGUUUUGUUUCUAUCCUGAAUCCAAGGCAAGACUUAUUGCUUAGUAUAUAAUGACAUGCGGUGAUUACAUUUUUUGUUGAAUCUUUUUGCAAAAUGUGAAUACAGUACUUAUAUAUAUGUGGAGCAAAAGAAUGUUUUUGUGGUGCUUGAAAUCUAGAAAUUUCAAAAAGGCUAAUUUCAAUUAAAUUUCAGUUUUGAUAGUAAGGUGUCCAUGAUUCGUUAGGAUUAAAAAAAAGAUUAGUGUUCGGACCAGCCAAAACUAGAAAACUAGUUAUUUUUUGUACCCCUCCAUCCCCCACCCAACCCCAUCGCUGACAUUCUAAAAAUGCCUGUGUAAAUUAAGUUUUUUUUUAUUGUUUCGUCUGUUUAGAACUGGGUGAACUACAGGUGUGUCUCUGUAAACUGUAAAACAAUAAAACAGUCUGUUUAAAAGACAAAUUUU